UUCCCUUCGUCUUCACUCUAUCCACCGUCACCGGCUGCCGCCAACAUACCAUACUUUUCUUCUUUUCCUUCCUUUUCCUCUCCAAAUCCUACACACAUUGCUCACGAGUUCUCUUAAUUUCUCUGUCGUCGAUCCCAAUCUCAACACCCUGAUUUUGUCUUUUGAUCUCUGUCCAGCUGUUCUCAGUCCACUCCUAGCCGAUCCAUUUUCCGGCACCCACGGCGGGUCUUCGCCGGCCGAGGGAAUAAAAACAGGAUAUCUCAGUUUCCUGCUGAAAUCGAAUUGCCAUGGCCGCGGUUUCAGUUAAUCAGUUUUCUCAGUGCAUCACUUGCCAUGCUUGGAGCCCAGAUCACUCGAUGAUAGCGUUUUGUCCGAACAACAGUGAAGUGCAUAUCUAUCAGCUUUUGGGAGGAAAGUGGGAGAAGAUCCAUGUUCUUCAAAAGCAUGAUCAAAUUGUUUCUGGACUAGAUUGGGGUGUAAGUUUGAACAGAAUAGUUACUGUUGCUCAUGAUCGGAAUUCUUACGUGUGGUCAAAAGAAGCAUCAGAGUGGGUGCCAACCCUUGUUAUCCUCAGGCUGAAUCGUGCGGCACUAUGUGUUCAAUGGAGUCCCAAAGAAAACAAGUUUGCUGCUGGAAGUGGGGCUAAAACUGUCUGUAUAUGCUACUAUGAGCAAGAGAAUAAUUGGUGGGUAAGUAAAAUUAUAAGAAAGCGGCAUGACUCUUCUGUGACAAGUGUUGCCUGGCAUCCUAAUAAUAUAUUGCUUGCAACCACGUCAACUGAUGGAAAGUGCCGUGUGUUCUGUACUUUCAUCAAAGGUGUAGACGUCAAGAACUCCACAGGUUCUUCUUCUUCUGAUUCAAAGUUUGGAGAGCAAAUCAUGCAGCUUGAUCUCUCAUUUAGUUGGACAUUUGGCAUGAAGUGGACCCCACAUGGCAAUACCUUAGCCUACGUAGGUCACAACUCAAUGAUAUACUUUGUUGAUGAUGUUGGUCCUUCUCCAUCUGCUCAGAGUGUAACUUUCAGGGAUUUGCCUCUUCGCGAUGUUCUAUUCGUUUCUGAAAGAAUGCUCAUUGGCGUGGGAUUUGAUUGCAAUCCAAUGGUAUUUGCAGCAGAUGAAAGGGGAUUAUGGAGUUUCUUGAGGUUUCUCAAUGAGACAAAACCAACUCCAGGAGCUAAAUAUGGUUCACAGCGUUCUGGAACAUUUGGCAAAUUUUCCAGUCAAUCAAAAAACGGAAGCAGUGACGAGAAUAAUGAAACUUCAAGAAGACAUGAAAAAUGCAUUACUUCUAUCGUGGCCCUCAAGGAUGCAGGCGAUAUUACAAUCACCAGCUUCAGCACUUCAGGGUUGGAUGGAAAGGUAAUCAUAUGGGAUUUACGAAGGGAACAAGAUCUACUUGAGUAUUUGUGAGGAUGUGUUGCCCCUCGAGAAUCUGUUGUCCGUUGGUCUAUUCUUGCUGUAUUUUAUACAGGUUCAUUUUACUUGCGCUUGCUGACUAUAGUCAGUGGUUUGCGCUUUACAUGUAAUACAGUUGUCGCAAUACAGUUGUCGCGAUUCCAUUUUUUUUUGUCCUUACGAAUAUGAUUAUAUAUGUGAAUUUGUAUCUGCACCAAUUCUUGUUGAUUACGUGAUAUACAUAAACUUCGGAGUAUUGUGAUACACAGUUCUGUGAUAGAUUGAAAAAACAAUUUUAAAUCUUUU